AUGUCUAUAUUGGAGUCUGCUGGAAGCUUUAUUGCUUCUAAGCUGAAAAAUCAAACAAAAUUUAUUUUCCGUCCAUUUGCUUCAAUAGUCACCUACGAUGAGGUGAAGGAUGUGCCCAACAAGCCGGAGAUUUGUCUUAUAGAUGUUCGGCAAAGGAAGGAACUCGAGGAAACUGGAAGAAUUCCUGCCAGUAUUAACAUACCCUUGGACGAACUGGAAGAGGCCCUCACUCUCGAAAGAGCCAACUUCAAACUCAAAUACGGUCGAGCCAAGCCCCAAAAGGACACAAAAAUUAUAUUUUCCUGUAAAUCAGGAAGACGUGCUGAAAAGGCCGAAAAAAUUGCCAAAGCUUUGGGAUACACCAACCUCUCACUUUACGCCGGAGCUUGGCUCGAUUGGGCUAAAAAAGAGGACCUAUAAAUAAAAAAUUAAAUUUAAUUUCUUAACUACACCCAUGGUUAAGCUUUGCAAUCCAAAUACACCCAUACACUCGCAAAAAAACC